AUGGAUGAAGCUUGGCUCCAUAUAAUAUCACAGUUAGGAAUCGAAGAUGUGUUGCGGUCGCGUCGCGUUUCCCCAUAUUUUGAUCUACUUUGCCGGAAAUCUCUUCGACUUCGGAAAACUUUGAAUAUUGAAGAGGAUUCUCCGAAAUGUAUUAAUGAACCUGAUGGAAUUGCGACUGUGAUAAGUUAGUUCAAAUUUUUUCCAAGCCGGAAUAUUUUUGUCUUUUAAAAAUUGAAAUUAUUUAUUUUCACGUGAAUUACGUCGGUUUUUUCAUUUCUAAUUUGAAAAUAGUUUACCAAAAAAUUUGAAAAUUCAGUCAGAAAUAAUCUGUGAGUUAAAUAUAGAAUUCUAAAAUUAAAAAAUUUGCUCAAUACGUUUUCAGUCAAUUUUUCCCCUCUCUAUAAUCAAUCAAUAAUUUUACAGAAUAUUGUGGAGCCAAUCUUCAAACCAUAAAUCUUCAAAUCCGCGCGCCAAAUGAAAAAUAUUCAAUGAUCCCAAGUUGUAGUCAAGUGACUACUGUAGUCAUAAAAUCAAUAAAUAUGCACGCGAGAAAAUUGCGAAGUUUGAAAAUCGAUCGAAUGAUUAUUUCAUUAGGAGCAAUCGAGAAUUUUGGAAAUUUACCGGAAACUUUGGAAGAAUUACAAAUUUCGAAUUGUCUUAUGAGUUGCUCGGAAUGGGAUGUGAUUACUGUUAUUCAUAAAAGUUUUGAGAAACUUUUGAAAAGAUGUUUGAAAUUGAAAACUUUCGAAAUAUCGGUAAGCAUUUUUCUUUUUAUAAAAACAAUUUCAAUGAUUUUGAAACUUUUAGGGAAGAAGUAUGAACUAUGGAGAAUUUCAUUUGGACCCUUCAGUUUUGAAAUCACUGCCAAAAACAAUUGAAAAUGUAUCGAUUGCUGUUGGAAGUUCAUUGAAAAUUGAAGAUUUAUCAUUUUUAAAAGGAACAAAACUUCGAAAAUUGGUAUUACAGAGAUCAUUUAUAUCAGCUUCAUCGCUCGAAAAUCUUGUUCAAAUGUCUGAAACUCUAACACAUUUGGAUUUAUCUUGGUCGCCGAAUCUGAUGGAUUGUUCAGAAAUUUCAAAACUUCACAGCUUAUCAACACUGAUUUUAAGUAAUAAUCGAGAUGGAGUUGAAGAUAAUGCACUUAUUCAAAUUAUCGAAAAUUGUCAAGAAAUCGAGAAUUUAUUCAUUGAUCAGUGUAAUUUGUUAACAAAUGUUUCACUUUGUCAAUUGGGACAAAUUCGAAAAUUGAAAAAAUUGGGGAUUAGUGGAAUAUCUAAUGUUGAUGAUACAGUUUGUCUGAAAAUUUCGAAAUGUGACAAACUCGAAUUUCUUGAUUUAAACUUUUGCAGAAAGGUGAUUCCUGCGAUUCUGGAGUGAAACACACAUUCAACAUUUUUCAGAUUCGAAGACAAGGUUUAUUUUAUCUCCUAUCAUCCCUCAAACAUCUCAACCAUCUCGAAGUUCUUGGAAUUCUCGAUUAUUCUCAUCAAAUUCUCACAAAAUUCUCAAAUUUUCCUAAAACAAUUGUCUGUGAUUCGCCAAUUCAAUCAUUCAGUUUUGCUCUUCCACCAAUACCAAAUUUAGUUACCGCAUAG